AUGAACGAAACGUUUUUUAGUCAAAAUGGAAGCGAAUUGACGAGUGAAUACAACAUUACCGGGAAAGAUGGUGACGCCCCCGCCGCGAAGGACGAACAGGCAUUGCAGCAUGUAGCAAGGAAGGGUGAAAAUGAGGAGAAUAAGAAUGAUGGUGAGAAUCGCGGCGAUGAGAACAACGACAAAGAUAACUACGAUGAAGAAAACUACGACCUUUUACACAUGCUCAAUGAAAUUAAAAAGGACAUCCUAUUCGAAAAUGAAAAGCUGCAGCAAGAGAGCAGCAAAAAUUUGCACAUCGCUGAGGGGGAGGAUGUUGACAAACCGGGCCACAACGCUGUCAACCAAUCAACUAAGCAGCCCUCCAACCAAGACGACCACGCCAGCCAAACGAAAAACGCAAUUAAUGACAUCAAUGUCAUAGCGUUGGCAAAAGGUCAAUACGGUGAGGAAGUAAAAGUCCCCAAUACGAACGACAGUACCGAGGAGAACGCAAAGAAAUUACCCAAGGAAGAACCCCAAGUGGAAGGGGAACCUUUGGAAAAGCAGUUAAACUGUAGCGAUGCUCCAGUGAACAGUCCAGAUGCUGCUCCAAAUGAGCAGACUCAGGAAAAUGUAAGCGGUAAGAAGGGCGCAGGAAGACCAUGUAAAAAAACAAAAAAUAUUUCGAGUGAUGCGAAAAGUACCCCCAGAAAAAGGAAGUUAAAAAAUGGACCCAAUGCAGACUACGCUGGGUUGCGAAUGCAUACGCUGCACCCUGCACAUUUGGUCAAUCUAGCCAGAGUUACCAAAACGAACAACCCCCUUAUAGAUGACCAAAUUGAAUACCUAACGAAUUGUGAAUUCGUAAAACAGAACUAUCUUAAGGGGAUUGUAAAAAAGAACCCGAAAGUAAAAAGCGAUAACAUUAAUAUAGACAUUUGUUACUCAAGCAGGAGUGAAAAGUCCAUUGAUGAAAGUGAGGGAGAAGCCGAAGCAGAAGCAGACAGCUCCAUAGACUCAAUGGAAGAGUUCUAUGAAAAUAUUUGCCAAUCAGAUAUGCCGCUCGAUUUUUAUAAAAAUUCCUUAAGUACCAAACAGGACGUGAAGGAAGUCCAACCAGAAUAUUUUCUCAACACAGAAAAUAACGUAACGGAGGAAAUUCAAAUUCUGAAUAGAUACAUAAAAGACAUGACAGAAGGUCAACAGAAAAAUUCUUCCUCCAUUGAGGUGGAUAGCAAAUUGGUUAAUAUUCUUUCCCUAUCCUUUUUAACCUUUAUUGACCAUGUAAUUUAUGAUUCCCAUAUUUAUGCUUUGAAGAGUGAAUUUACGCAAGGGGAACAAACAGACAAGGGAAAAAAAAACACUACUGAUGGAGUUGCUACCACAAAUGGGAACUCCCCAAAAGAGUGCCUAGAUGGAGAAACGGCACGGGAAAAGACUGAAAAAAUUAACAUCGUUGCGGGGAACGCCCCUGGCAAAGAUAACACAGAAAUGUGUCCCCCGAAGCAUAAUUCGCUUAGCAUGAAUAACACACAAGAUGGUCAAAGUGAGGAGCCUCCUCGUGGUGUUGACUCAUUAGAUAAUCCUGACCAAUCGGUCAGAAAUGAGACUGCCCCAAAUGGUGGUGACAAAAUGACCAACGAAAUUAUUUACACCCCGGAAGUAAUCAAUCUAUGCCUAACCAAUUUGUAUAACCAGGAACUGGUAAACAAAAUUAUGAACGAGAAAAUAAACGAAGAGAAUUCCAACGGCGCACGCCUAGACAACUUGAAGGAGAGCGCCCCUAAUACGAGCAAAUUAAUUCAUAACCAUACCAUCGCACCUACGGCACAGCCGGGCAAAUCGGAAAAAACACAUUUAAAAGAAAGUGCCAACGAGAUGGACUCCAAAAGUGGAGGACUCCCCCAAAGCAAGGACUCCCUCCAGACGAACAUAAAUAACAAAUUAAAUAAACGACAAAUUAUAAUCAACAAAAUAAAUGAAAGGAUUAAAAGAAGAAGUGUCAGCAGUUUGCAGACUUGUGUGAACAGUAAGAAGUAUUCACUGGAUGAUUUGUUCGAGUUUUAG